GUCCAUUUCCAAGGAUAUGAGGCGGGACUGCUCAGAGCGUUUGGCGCCUGGUGCAGGAACACAGCAAGAGCGGCAUUGGAGACGGAUCGUCAUUGUCAGAGCAAGAGCAUUGUCCCAAAAUAGGUUCUUGCACCCAGUGUGCAAAAGGCUGAUCACGCACAGCGUGGAGGAGCAGUCGGGAGCAAGAGCAGCAGAAGUGCAGUGGGAGCCCGAGUUAGUGGAGCUGUGGGACAGAGCACAAUCCACCAUGUCCUGGUGGAAUAGGGCCCCAAACACCACUAGGAUGCACGUUGAGCUGACCAAGAGCUCCCAGGACUGCCAGCCUAAUGAAGUGCAUGCAUUUAACUUCCCUUUGUCAAGUGCUGGCAAAGAUAAUCCUCAGGGAAGCUUUGACUGUGUCCAGCAAACAGGCUCAAGUUACGGAGCGUUGCAAUUCAAACUCACGACCCAGGCAGAAAAGGCAUCACAAAAUCAAGGUGCAGAGGUUACUGAUGGACCUGAUGGGCCAUUUUCAGGUUUGCAGUUGAACACCAGAAAGGCAGAGUCCAGGGAGCAGCCAGCAUGGAAAGGAAGAAAAACGGAGGUCAGAAGAGUGCCACAAAACACUCCAGAUGCCGUGCCUGAGAGAAAAAGAACAACACCCAUGAACCCUGCAAACAUCUUCCAGAGAAUUUCCAGUGGAGUUUCUGGCCGACCAUUCAAGGACAGGGUAAUUCACUUGUUGGCUCUGAAGAAUUACAAGAAGCCAGAGUUACUUGAUCGCUUGCUGAGAGAUGGAGUCAUGCAAAAGGACAGGGGUACCCUUGAAAUGAUCCUUCAGCAGGGGUUAAAGAAACUUUCAGUGCCUCCACAGACCCUGUGUCAUCAACGGAACAACCAGACUACUUCAUGUGAAAAAUACACAGCUAUAGUGUCCUAUGAGCAACGCCAGAGCUACAAGGACGACUUCAAUGCAGAGUAUGGCAAAUACCAGAAUUUGUUGGCUCAGACAGACAGCAUUGCCAAGAAAUUCAGGAAGUUUAAUGAUCAGCUGAAGUUUGUGACUCAGGGGUCCACAGAAUAUCAGAUGCUUUGUCGUCAAGUCCUGGCAGAGCAUCAGAAGAUACAACAGUGUAGCCCCACCUACUCUGAAUUGAAGAAGAGAUGUCAGUACCUACACAACAAGCUGUCUCACAUUAAGAGACUAAUCCAAGAAUUUGACAAACAGCAAGAGGAGUCCUGUCACCAGUCAUCUGCUUUGGCCAGGACACAUUUAUGA